UCGACAGUAGCUGGUUUCAACCUCCCAAAGUAAAGACGAUCCCCUAAAUAAAUGCAAAACAAAGGUCAACGGAAGCUGCAACAGAACAGUCCAAAAAGGCCAAAAGAUGGAAAGAUCCCUGAGGAUCGACCGCCAUGGUUGAAGGGAUUUGUGAUUUGUCCGAUGUUUCCGAUGUCCUUUGCGUUCAGCCGAAAAACCAUAUAGAAAUUCAAUGAGCUUCACGAUUUGUUCCAAGCUUUCCUUGCGUUCCAGGCUCUUCCCCCACUCCACCCACUCCCUCUUGGCUCGCACGGAAGUCGGCUCCGGGUCGCGGAGGGUUUCUCGGACGGGGCCGAACGCGGACGCGUGAUGGCCAUGGGGAGGAGAUGUCGAGGAACUGCACUGCUGCUCCUGGGACUCGGACUUGGACUCCGGCCAACCUUCAUUCACACGGCGGCAUGGUUGGAUUUGGACGAUUUGAAGUCUGACAACACGCUGCCAUUGGUGACCGACCUGGGUUUGAACCUGGGCCUAGGGCCACAAGGUCUCAAUGGAACGUCGGGAAGCUGUAGCUUCAUCGCCGACUUCGGCGUGCUGGACCUGCCACUCCUGGGACCGAUGCGAAGCCGUGCCGGCUUGAGAUGCAGCCCCUUGUACCCGCGGGGCGCGCUGGAGUUGGGCUUCCGGAAGGAGCUACGCACAGACAAGGUCCAGGGUUAUCAGCUCUUUAUGGGCCUGCAAAGUACAGGUGACGACGAGCGACUGGACAUCCUGACGGAAGUGGGAGCGAUCAAACUCUUUCAGAACGCCAGGGCCUUCUAUCGCUUCCUUUGGGGCUGCGGUGGGCCCUUCGACUCCGAAGCAGGCGGCCCUAGCUGGAACCAGCUGGGUUCCUCCCUAGGCGUCACGCAGACCAGGCUCCCGCCCACGCAGCAAGGUCGGCUGACCAUCGGCUGGCGCACUGGGCUCUUCGAUGUGGGGCUCGAAGGUGGCAAGGUCCUUCCGCCCAUGAUGACCCGGCGAAAGGCGCAGAAGAAGAAGCGAGGACUGCGUGACAACUUGUUGGACUCAUCGCCGUUCAUCGCCUACUCCAUGGACUUGCCACGGAGCACUCAGGUGACCUGGACCCUCGUGCCGGAACACGGUGUUCUGGAACAUGCGCUGCAGUGGCGGAGCCAGCGGGAUCCCACUGGUGGCAAGACGUUGGUGACCAUGGUCCUGGAGCAGUCCUUGCACUCACGAGACGCACGUCUCCGGAUUGGCACAUGCUAUGAGCGGAAGUGAGCCACUGAACUCCCGCGUCUCCAGGCCAAGUGAACCUGGCACUCUUCAUUCGAUGUGGGUAAUUCUACUGGUCAUUGACAUGAGAGGGGUGAUCAUGGAACUGCUCCCAGGGCACCAGAUUGAAUCUAUGGCCGUUUCUGGGGUGGGAGUUUCAGCGGCUCGUUGGACAUUGGAAGGGGCCAAUUUUUAGUGCUACAGAUGAAAUUGGGGCCAGCAUCCGCAUAGCGUGAGCUCAGUGAUGCACAUGAAGAGAAGCAGAGAUGCAUGAUGCGCACGGAGCUUCAAAGCGUUCAAUAGGCUCAGCAGACUGAAUCUGCAGAGUCUCCUUGAUUGCGAACUUUGAACGUUGAGCUUCCCUUCUCAUUGCAGUUUCCCAACCC